UUGCUGAGUUGAAGAUAGAUAAGGGUACCUUGCCUGGAUUUAAUGUAUUUAUAGACAAACGUUACAAGAAAUGCUUGUCACAACUUUGCAAGUGUGUUGACUGGGGCCAUGAAUGUGUGUAUAUCACAGUAUGAAUUCAAUCUUUUGUUGUUCGUUGUAAAUUUGAAUAAUUUGCAGUGAAUAUUAGACUAUAUGAUGCAACAAAGAGAACUGACCUAAUAAUCAUCAAAGACUAAGUACAUAUGGAUUUGAUAAGGAAAAUUGAGCAAAUAAUUGUACGUUAUAUACAAAUGGUAAAAACUAGGGCAAGUUGAUAAAUUAAUAGACCUUGUCCGAAUGUUUGGAAAACAGACAAAAAGGUUUGGUAAAAGGUUGGUGGAUAGUGUGAGAUCUGUUUAAGGAAUGAAUGUUUGGUGAAAAUUGGAUGGGAUCCUCUAAAAGAAGUGAAAAGUUUAAAACAUCAAAAGCAAUGUAUGAAACAAUGCAGGGAAUGGUGGAAGCAAGCAUGGUUUUUAGAACUCUAUGGAGAAAUGAAACAAACAAUGUUGGUAAAACUCCUUCAGGCAAAUUUAUUUUUUUUGACAUCUUUAAUUUAUUUUGCCCACUCUUUCUGCUUCUCUUUUAUUUACAUAAUACUGCUUUCAUAAAAAUGGAAGUGCUAGAUACAGCAUGCAUCUACGUAUCUAACACACUGUGCAAUGUAUCUUCAUUUGCUUCUGUCAUCUUUUCCUGAUCUUUGCCUUUUCUACAUCUUCACUAAGAUUCUGCUUUCUUCAUCUAAACCUGUACAAAAGUCCUAUGUGCCCAAACUUCGAAAAGGUGAUAUAAAGGAUAAAUUUGAAGCCAUGCAGAAAACAAGGGAAGAAAAAAAUCAGAGACGAACAAAAGAAGAAAAGCAAAGACGAAGAGAACAAUAUAUUAGAGAGAAAGAAUGGAACAGGCGAAAGCAGGAGAUGAAAGAACUUCUUGCUUCUGAUGAUGAUGAAGAAAACUCUUCUAAAGUAGAGAAAGCCUAUGUUCCAAAACUUAUAGGAACUGUGAAAGGAAAGUUUGCAGAAAUGGAAAAGCAGAGGCAAGAAGAAGAAAAGAAAAGGAUGGAAGAGGAGAGACAACGAAGAAUUGAACAAGAUUCAAUAGAAAAAAGAAAAAUUCAGAGGGAACUGGCCAAAAAAGCUCAUGAGAUUGAUGAACAGUUAAACAAUUCGGGAACUGAAUCGACAUCAGAGGAAGGUGAUGAAUCACUGCUAGUUACCGUAGUUCCAGUAAAAGCUAACAAAUCACCUGGAAGGAUGAAAAUAAGUUUUGAGGACCGAGAGAGAGAAAGAGAAGAACAAGAAAGAAGAAAGAUUGAAGAAGAAAAGCGACUGAGAUAUGAGCAGGAAAAGGAAGCCCUAAAGGAAGUCAAAUAUUUUUCACCAGAUGUGGAUGAAGAGGAAAGCUUUGAUAAUGAAACCAAUGAAGCUCCCUCUCCUGGUAAAGUUAAAUUAACAUUUGAAGAAUUGGAAAGACAAAGACAAGAGAAAGAGAAAAAGCAAGCAGAAGAGGAGGCAAGGCUUCGUUUGGAAGAGGAAAAACGCGCCUAUGAGGAAGCAAGGCAACAAAUGAGAAAUGAAGAAAAUGAAGACGAAGCUGAAAAUUCUGUCAAGGAGUUCCGUCCUGGAAAACUGAGACUAACAUUUGAGGAAAUAGAAAAACAAAGGCAAGAGGAGGAAAAAAGAAGAGCAGAGGAAGAGGCCCGGCGGCGUAUAGAAGAAGAGAAAAAAUCAUUUGCUGAGGCAAGAAAAAGCAUGGGGCCAGAUGAUGAACUUUCACUAAUGUCAAAAACUGCAUCUCAAGAAUCUCUGACGCCUGGAAAACUGGAUAUUAAUUUUGAAGAAUUACUGAGACAAAAAAUGGAAGAAGAAAAAAGACGCACAGAAGAAGAACGCCGACAAAAACUGGAACAAGAGAAGCAAGAAUAUGAACUGCUCAGACAAGAAAUGGGACAGGAGGAAGAGGAAUGUGAAACCUUUGAGCUAAGCAGCGAAUAUGAGGAACUGAUAAAGUUAAAAAGAAGUGGUUCAAUUCAACCAAAGAACCUAAAGAAAAAAUUUGAAAAAAUUGGACAAUUAUCUGAGGAAGAAACACAAAAAAAAAUCGAAGAAGAGAGAGCAAGGAGGAGAGCUAUGGAUCAAGAAAUAAAAGAAAGAGAAGCAGAGAAAUUUCAAGAGGAAGAAGAAGUUGAUGUGAAGCCUGCUGCAAAAUGUGAAGCUCCAUUCACACACAAAGUUAACAUGAAAGCUCGAUUUGAACAAAUGGCAAAAGCAAGAGAAGAGGAAGAACAGAGGAGAAUUGAAGAACAAAAGCUGCUACGUAUGCAAUUUGAACAGAAAGAAAUAGAUGCAGCAUUACAAAAGAAAAAAGAGGAAGAGGAAGACGAGGAAGGGAGUAUUGUUAAUGGCUCAGUGUAUGAAGAUGAAGAACAGCAAGCCCGUUCUGGUGCUCCAUGGUUCAAAAAGCCUCUUAAAAAUGUAUCUGUUGUGGACAGUGAACCAGUACGGUUUACUGUUAAAAUAACUGGUGAACCCAAGCCAGAAGUUACAUGGUGGUUUGAAGGGGAAAUGUUGCAAGACUGUGAGGAUUACCAAUACAUUGAAAGAGGAGAAACAUACUGCCUUUACUUACCAGAGACCUUCCCGGAAGAUGAAGGAGAAUAUAUGUGUAAAGCGGUAAACAGUAGAGGAACAGCCGCUAGCACUUGUAUUCUCACUAUUGAAAGUAAGAGAUAGCACUUCACAGGUUAUCAAGUCUUCAGUUCUUGUUCUCUGUUGAUCCUCUCUUAACUCAUCUUUCUUCUCUUCUCUUCCUUAGCUGAUGACUAUUAAAUAUCCUACCAUUUCUGGAGCCUUUCUUCCCUUCAUUCACUGCAUCUAUCUUUUUCUCCUGUGGUGGGGCCAAGAAGUUGUCUAUCAUUCCUCAAGUAGAAUACUUUUCAGACUGAAAUUCGGGCAAUAAAAGUUUGGGUCAUUUGACAUAUAGCAGUGCAAUCUACAAAUGAUGGCUGCUUAUUUAUGCUAUUGUACUGGUCCAUGUAAUGAUGUUC